AUGACGCCGUUUUACGUGAACCUGGCCAAUAGAUACACGAAACCCGUUAGUUAUGACAAAGAUAACAUGUUGUGUUAAAUCUAUUUUUACACGCCUUUUUCUUUUGGUCUCUAUUUUGGAUUCGGGGACAAAUUGGAGGAAAAGAGAGCAUCGCAUGACCCCGGGGAUCUUAUUCGAAUUUUACAUCGUUUCGAGGACUUUAAAGGGACAUAGACUGUUUUUUAGAGUGUUUUGGAACAUCGCGGUUUUGAUUAUUGGUGUGGGGAAGACAAGAGACGGAAGUAAACACCUUUUUGAGUGGACGUUCGCAUUCUCGAGUAAAUUUUCUCUUUUCAGUAUUUUAAGUGUAAAAAUAAAUUUUUCCAGAUGAAGCCACUCUGGCUUCUCCUAACAUUCCUGGCCUUCACCUGGGCCCAGGAAUGGGAUGCCUCUAAUUAUCCGAACCCGACGGCUACAGGAUUCAGACAAUGUAAGAUGAAAUCGAGAGCACAGAUCUGUGAUCCGGACGGAAUCCUCAGCGAACAGGAGAGAUAUCGACUGAACCAUGAACUGACACAGCUGGAAGCCAAGACCAGGCAAGACUACGCUCAGAAUUUCUGUGAGAAAAAGGGAAUCUCGGCAGCCAUCGCGUUGGCCAAGCAUGUCAGAGGAGGAUCUGAUGCUGUAAGUCGUUCUAAAAUAAUUCAAGUCAUGUUAUCUCCCAAUUUUACAUUACGAGUUUAGCCAUCUUUUUAUAGCAUGUCCGAGCAAUGGCGAAUGAAUUGCGAAGCACUUGGACACUUGAUCAGCAAUGUCUGAAGAGCAUGGUCAUCGUUUUGGCAGUUGAUGACAGAAAGUUUUGGGUCGCUCGCGAUGACAGAAUCCCCGUUUACGCCAAUGAAUUCACCCAAAUCUUCAAUCUUCAGGUAUGCCAUUAAGGCGGCUCUGCAUAAAAAAUUUCAGAAACCGCUUUUUCAACAAAAGAAGUAUCAACAAGCAUUGAUCAACGUUCUGCACGAGACUUGGACCAGAACAAGUGAGAAACAAGGCCAGCUUCCAGCAGCGCCAGGGGGAACGAGCGACGGAGGGCGGAAAGGUCCCAUCGGAGGAGGAGGAUUCCCCAUGAAGAUCCCCUCCAUCCCCACUUGGGUCAUCUUGGCCAUCGUGUUCGUGGUGGUCCCCACUCUGAUUUGUUGUUGUAUUUGUUACUGCUGUUGUUGCAAGAACAAAGGAGAACGAGAGGCUGUUCCCGAUGCCGAGGGUGGAGGUCAACAACAAGGAGGUGGAGGUGAGAAAAAAAUCCUCAAAGGAUUUUCAUAAAGUGAAUGGACAUUUCGUUGCGGUCCACAAAAAACACACUUUUGCACAGUGAAUUUCACAUUUUUUUGCACCAAACUAUCGGUGCAACACAAUCAAGUUUUCGCAACGCGUUGCGUCAGCACGAGAAAAAAAUGUAAUGUGCAAAAGAGAACAAACGUCCAUGCACUUCAUGAAAAUAUAUUUUAUAUUGUAGGAGGCAGUGGAAUGCGAACCUUCUUCCAAUCCAUGGCCGGUUCGUAUGUCAUGCAGAUGAUCAUGAACUGUAUUCGAAACCAGGGCCAAAGAAGAUCUGCUGCACCAGGCGGUGGAGGGUAUCCAGGGGGAUAUCAGCCAGGAGUCCCUCAGCCACAGGCAAAAGAGGGUCAAGGUCUUUAUCCAAAUCAAGCUGUUAAAGAUGAAGGUGGUGGAGGAAGUUGGUAG